GUCAGAACACAGUCCAAAUUUCACGUGACCUCUUUAAUAUCCGCUAGAAACGUUCAUGGCCCCUGGUACAUCAUUUGCUGAUAAACAACAUUGCGGAGUUUUACACUAGACUAGAUGGCUGACAAACAUGCUCAACCUCAAAGCUCCCUUGUUACCAUCAAGAACAACUAUAUCUUACAGAAGUUAGAGUCUAUAAGAAAUGAUGAGGCAUACAGAGACUUAACAAUUGUAUGCAAAUAUGGUGCUAUUCUCCGGGCACAUAAAUUGAUAGUUGCAAAGUACAGCUCUGUAUUAAAGAAUAUGAUUAAUUCCAAACGGAAAACAGCAGCAGUACGCAUAGAUUUGAAUGACUUGGAUUCAGAACAGAUAUGGGAACCCUGGAUGGUGGAAAUAGUUUUGGACUUUAUGUAUGGCAAGGUGAUUGAGCUAGCAAUGGCUGAUUUAAAGCCUGUUAUUGAAGUUGCUGUGAAGUUGAAUGUUCCAGAAUUUCUACUAGCUUGUCAAGAUAUACUGAGUAUGAAUGAUAUGCUACAGUCUGAGAAGAAUGACACAGAAAAUGCUGCUUCUCCUCCAAAAUCCAUUAAAAUUGAACCACUCGAGGAAGUCAGUCAAGAAAUAUCAUCUACCACAAAUAAAAGUAAAGGCAUCAAUGAAUCAUUGAAUCGUCAACUGGGAUCAACGUUGGAAUUACUACAUGAUCACAAUCCACUUGGAGAUAACCAAACUGGUCACAACAACAGGUCAAAGGACAAUAAGAACAGUGAAGGCAUUGAGAAUGAAGAAGGUGAAAAUGAUGAAGAUAUAACAAAUGAUGAAAAUGAGGCUGAUGAUGAAGAUGACAAUACAUUUGAGGUGCCUAUUGAACAGCCACAGAAAAAAAUAGUGAAAACAUCUCGUGAAGUUUGCAAAUUCUGUGGAGAGGAAUCUGCCUCAAAAGCUGAGUUAGCAGACCAUUUAUUGGAAAAACAUGAUCUAUCUGCCUGUCCAACAUGUUUGAAAAUGUUUGAAAACCAAACAUAUUUGGAGAAACAUAUAGAAACCCAUACAAAGCCUGUAACAAAUAGAUCUGCAAGAAAGAAAGCUACGCUUAGUGCUUUACGAGUUAUAAGUCUGAUUGAGAAAGCUUAUAAUUGCUCAGAAUGUGAUGCACAACUAUCUUCUUAUGGGGAACUUGCGAUCCAUUUGAAUGAGGCCCAUGAUCUUAUAGCUUGUAACAUUUGUGCAAAGGUGUUUAGCAGUGUCGGACAUCUAGGCAGGCAUAAAGUUCUACAUUCUGAAAAGAUCUUGGUUGCUGGCCCAAAUGGACUUUUUCUUUACAACUGUCACCAUUGCCAAGAUGUCAAUGACAAACUUCCUGAUGGCCAUUCCAGAUCUGAUACAACAUUCCAGAAUAUCUCAGAGUUUUACAGUCAUCAGAACAAUGCACAUGGAGGACUGAAGUGCCGCACGUGUUCUGCCAAAAAAGCGAAACUCAUAAGGCUCUGUGACCACAUUCUGCGAAUGCAUAUCAAGGAAAAGUUGUUUGAGUGUGAUGAAUGUGAUCAACAUUUUCCUACUUUGGAAUCACGGAGUAAGCAUAAAUUGUAUCGUAAAGAGGGCCACUGCCGUGUUCGUUCAAUGGGAUCAAUGUGUGAACAUUGUGGGAGGAGUUUUAAGUCUCGGAAAGGCCUAGAUGUCCACAUGGAGGAAAAACAUGCACCAACAAAAGAUUUUACAUGUCCGGAAUGUAAUAAAUCCUUCAGCAGUGAAACACUUUGUCAAACUCACAUUAAGACAAGACAUGGUGAACGGAGUUUUAUGUGCGAUGAAUGUGGUAAAUCAUUUUACCGACAGGGACUUUUAAAUUGUCAUAUCGCAACAGUACAUAAGCCAGAAGUUCUCAAAACAAACUGUGAACACUGUAAGACUGAAUUUCCAAACAAACGACUUCGAUUGAAACACAUACGCCGUACUCCUGAAUGUCGUAAAGCCCUUAACAUGUAUAACAUCCAAUGUCCGAUCUGUGAGAAAGAGUUUUGUCGCCAAGUUGAUAUUGACAUGCAUAUGGAUAAAGUCCAUUCAGGGGAGGAGUUUGUAUGCGAUGAAUGUGGCCGAAAAUAUGAAACAAUAGUAAAGUUAAAGAAACACAAGAAAGAGCACUUAAGACUGCACGAGUGCUCAGUAUGUAGCAAGAGGUUUGGAGACAGAAAGCACUUGGUAGACCAUGCAAGGAUUCACACUGGGGUAAGACCAUACAAGUGCCUAGAUUGUGGGAAGGCAUUUACACAGAGUGCUAGUUUAUACAAACACAAGCAAUCCCUUAACCAUAAGCAAGGAGUAGAAAAGAAUCAAAGCAAUACAGGUAAUGAUCCAACUAUACCUGAUGCUGAAGAUGAAAUAAGUAUAGUCAUACCUGCCCAACAUGAUAAAAGACCAGGGCCACAGCUUGUUCAAUUUGUGCAGCUUUUAUCUGCGACAGAGCACGAGUUUAAAUGAGGAAAGCAUCAACCAGGCUUUGUGAAUAAAGCUUACAAUUUAUUAUUCUUAGAGGAUUAUCAGUUAAACUCUGGGAUAUGCUAAAAUGACUGAUGUUACCUUGAUAACCCCGAAAUAUUUUGAAUUCAUAAGAGUAAGCAACUUACACAAUCAAUAGACUUGGACAUAAACCUUCUUUUCUGGAAUUAUCGCAGCUUGAAAAAAAUG